UCAAAAACCAGAUGGAAAUAAAUCGGUUAAAACUUCGAAAAAUUCCAUAUCAUAGAGAUAUCACUAUCGUAAUUUACUUUAUGGAUCAUGUAAACAGCAAACCAAUAAAUAUUCCUUGAUUAUGUGGUAAUCCACUACCUUUAAAAUAUAAUAAUAAUCUUUAUACUAUCAGUAAUGCUUUGUGAAUAACACACAGAGAACUGAUGAACAACAACAACAACUGUAAAUGGUUGUUUUAAGUUGACUAUUGCUGCGGCCCAUGUUCAGGCACCUUAUUGAUCAAGUUCAACACCUUGUAGAUCUCCAUGGCUUUCCUCCUCCUCCUCCGCCUAUUCCCACCGUUCCGCCGUCGCCGACGACGACGGUGCUAGCACCGCCGCUGUACCUUCAUGACUACAGAUGGUGUUUUGGGAAUCUUGAAAACAGCGUUUUUGAAAACAAUUGUGAGAAUGUUAUAAUGAAGGUCACGAAAUCAAAGAAAACUAAAAAGAAGCAAAAGCAAAAACAAACCGAAAACUCUGGUUCAAACGAGUCUUUAAACGAAGAAAUCUGGAGACACUUCCCAGAAGAGUUAUAUGAGAACGUAAUUGCAAGACUUCCAAUAGCCACAAUCUUCCGUUUCAGAUCCGUUUGCCAAAACUGGAACUCGUUGCUGACUUCCAACACUUUCACACGUCAAUGUGCUCGCUUUAUACCACCACAACCAUGGUUUUACAUCAUGACCCAUGAGAAAGCCAACGCAGGAGCCAUGUAUGAUCCCGUUUCCACAAAAUGGUACUACCUUUUUAUUCCUAAAAUGCCCACAGAACGUAUAAUUUCUCCUGUGGCUUCGGCUGGUGGUCUGCUUUGUUUUCAUGGUAAUGGAGGUAGAAGCUUCUUUGUAUGUAAUCCUCUUACCAACACGUUCAAAAAGUUACCCGACAGAUUGUCUAGUAUUUGGUCAAUCGUAGCUGUUGAAAUGAUUUUGAACAAAAAGUCAAAUACCGGAGGUUAUCAAAUCAUGUUGGUAGCAUCUAACGGUGAGUAUGAAGUUUAUGAUUCUGUUAUAAACAAGUGGACACUCGUAGAAAGCCUGCCUGAUUGUAUCAAACUGCCGCUUUCAUCGAAGCUUCGCUUCAAUACCGUGGCGGCAAACGGGUUGAUAUACUUUUUACGGUCAGACCCUUACGGGAUUGUGUCGUUUGACAUGGAGUCUAAGGUUUGGAAGCAGUAUCUGGUCCCGCCACCACCAUUGUCGAGGGACCUUGCGUUGGUGGAAUGUGGCGGGAGGAUUAUGCUGGUCGGGCUGGUGACAAAGAGCGCCGCCAGUAGUGUUUCUGUAUGGGAGCUUCAGAAGAUGACUCUCUUAUGGAAGGAGGUUGACAGAAUGCCAAAUGUAAUGAGUUUAGAGUUUUAUGGGAAACAUGUUAGUCUGUGCUGUUUGGGUAACAGCGGAUUGGUUAUGUUAUCCCUUGUAUCUGGAACGAUGAACCGGUUGAUCACUUAUGAUAUUUUAAAGAAGGAAUGGUUGAAGGUUCCUGAUUGUGCAAUGGGGAUUGCUAUCGGUACUGCAUUUCAUCCAUCGUUAACUGCAAUAGCUUAAUAAUGGUUGAAAGUUCCUCGUUGUAAUCUUGUUUUCCCCAUUUGUUUUUGUAUUUUCGUUUUGUGUAUGUUAAGUGUAUUACUCUGUUGAGAAAUAAAAACUUGUUUGUAAGUCCAGUUACUUGAUAUCCCCAGAAUGAUCUUGUUCAUGUUGAUUA